AUGGAUCAUCUCACGAGGCCAAGACGAGCUUCAGAGGUGAAAAGGCUUGCGCCAAUCGUGGUGCUGUCCGAUGAUGACGAUGACGACGAGGACAUUGUGGCUGGAUUGGCGGACAGCCCGGGAUCGGAUGACACCCAUAUCUCUCCUCGUCCUCAGGCUAUCUCAAAGAAUCAUACCUCCGGACCGAUCAGGUCGGCUGCAAAUACUCAUGACCCAUAUGACACAAGUACCCACCUUCAGGACGAAGAUCUUCAUCUCUCUGGCGUUGUCUUCUCACGUAAGAGGGUUGAAAAGCCUAAUAUCCUUGUCAUACCGCAAAACCCACGCAAAGCCAGAGCUGUAUCUACCUUGAUCUCUACGGAGCGAGAGACACCUACAGAGGAAUCGAAACGGCGCAGGAGUACGAAUAUCAUCACCAUAGGUAGCAAAGAUGCCUUGAUUGAAAAGUCCAAUGAGUGUAUCACUGUCAACAGUAACAACGAUUGUUCUGACCAUUCUGAUGCUAAAGCUAGCGAGCUUUCGACUUUAUAUUCACGAGUUGACCGCAUAAUCCGUACAACGCCCACUGGAUCUACCAAGUUGACCAAACGGCAGCAGCAAAAAGAGGCCCGACACUUUCAUAUAUAUGAGGAUGAGGCAGGUCUAUCUCCCGCUCGGAACCUGAGGCAAAGAAUACUCAUCAGGGCCCACAGGAAGGAUCAUGAUAACUUCCCGACGGAGAAUAUGAUAGGCGCAAAUCCCCGCCACAGAUCACGUCAUUGGUCAAACAUCUUCAGGGCACUGCGUUCAGACGACAGUGAUCAUGCUGACCUCAUCACUGAUGACGACCAUGACGGGAGUUUACCUGAAGACGACCAAGGACAUCAGCCCAGCGUUGAUGGUGGGCGCAUAUGGAGCGACUCUUUCGAAAGACAAGAGACUGAAGCACUUAGUGAGCCACAUGGAACCCUGACCGCAGCUUUUAGGCAUAAUGAUGACCUUCCUGACAUAAGUGUUGACUACGCUGAAUCAUGUUCAUCCGGAGGCAUGACCCAAUUAUUCGAGCGCAGUCUCUACACGGCCCUUAUCGACUUUAGCAACUCUUGGUCAGGCUACGGUGCCGAUGAAGGCAUUUCUGGGCUUCAGAGAAUUUCCGAAAGCAACGACGGCGUCUUCCAGAGACCAUCUGAACCAUCUACUAGCUGUGCAAUGCCUUCGGGAGACCCGGAGUGCGAGGAUGAAGUGAACAUCAUGGACGAUCUUAUAUCUGCACUCAGCGAGGACAUCACUAGGUCAAGUGGCAAUGUCACAGCCGGUGCAGAACAGGUCGCUGCUAUCACCCCAGAAGACUCUUUGCUAGUCGGCUGUGAUGGCUUCAACACAACGGCUCAUUCCAUCCUACGUUUCAGUGGAAACCCAUAUGACACCUUUCUUAUGGUGUCAGGGUAUUCUAGUCGAGCUCUAGACGGAGAAGAGUCAAGUGUGAGAGCUACACCGGUAUAG